AUGGAAAGUACUGGCACUGCGCAUCGGGAACGAGUCGCUCGCAUCAUAACCUAUCCACGUCGCAUUGUGCGGUUCGAUUUCUCAUUUCAUUUCUUGCGCGAAACUGGGGCGUCUGGGUGGGGAUUCCCUUCCCUGGCCCCACCAGCAAGAAAAUUCACCCAGCAGUCGACUGCUCCAGCCAUGAGGCGGUCGAAGAUUUUCUUCGUCUUGCUCGCGCUCUCCCUGCUCGUAUCCCUCGAGCUAGUGCCGUCGUGCCGCGCGAGUGAGAUCGACGCGGAAGACGACGCCGACGACGACGACAUGUCGGACGCCGCCAUUUCCGCGGAUGAGGCGCCUGCUGGUCUCGUGGGCCAGCUGUUGGGCGUGAGCAGGCGGUUCCUGUACUCGCCGCGCAUGCUGUCAUGCCGGUCCGACUGCGAGGACAAGAACAAGAAGUGCAACACUGAUUACAGCGAGUGCAAGCGCGAGAACAAGGACGACGAGCACGACCACAAGAAGUGCACCAAGAAGUACAAGAAGUGCAAGAAAAAGAUCAAGAAGUGCCGCUCCAAGUGCGACUAG